AUGGUAACGGUGGUUCCAGAGGACAACAUCUUUCCCUUGACUCAAAACUUUAGCCAAGGCAAAAGUUACCUCCUUGUCAAUCCUCCACAGAGGGAACAUCAAUGGCCAAAUCAACCCUCAUGUUCUCACCCACAUGCUCUCACCCAAAGAAGGGCUCGAGACAGUAUCCUCGACAUGAAGGACGUCAUCAGGCACCGGAGGAACGAAAGGCUGACUGAGAAAUACCUCCUAAGGGCCCUUCUUGGCAAAGACAGUACUCAAGGGCUCUUGAAUCGUAAGAAGCGAGAUAAUGGGUCUAGCACCGUAGAAGGUGUUGGCACCUCAGAAGGGGUCAAGCACAAUGGAAGGUGUCGGGCAUCGCAGAAGACAUUAAGCACUGUGUAG